AUGAGCUGGUCCUCUCUAAUCAAUCGUGCUGAAAAACUGCUUGGCGGUCCUCCGCCCUUCAUUAACCUUGGCACCACUUUGACGUCAGAGGCUGGGUUUUUGGCUGCUCGUGCAAAACGCCUAGCCGCAAGUGUCGAACAUCCUUUCUUUGGAGCAGUACGUUCUUGUUUGCAAGGCAAAUCAGUGGGUUCCACAUUCUUGCCCAUGAAUACAAAGCUGAUUCCGUCGUUCUCUCCGACCACGAGUCAGCGGGCUUCUGGGGGAUUGGUCAUUCUUCUUAUUGGUCAGUGUUACGCUGGAUCCGCCAUCAGAUCAUCCAAGCUAUGUAACCAACACCGCACUUUGGCUGAAAUAUUCGAAACAGUUCAUCUUGCUUUCACUCUUCAUAAGAGCAUAUCAAAUCCCCAUACCAGCGCCGGAGACACCCAAGGUGCGGAUGUUGAAGCCCACGUAACUUCCAAAGAUUUCGAGUCCGUGAAUAAGGUGGCCACAUUAGCGGGCGACAUUCUGUUGGCUUCUGUGUCCACGGCACUGGCUGGCCUACACAACUCGCAGAUUGUCGAUAUCGUUUCCAAAUCCAUCGGAGAUAUGUGUGAGGCAGAAUUCUCCUCACUGGCGUUGCAGUUCCGCCACGGCCAAUCUUCGACGGCAGGACGCCGUCGCGAUGACAGCGUUAAUUCAAGCUCUCCACCCAAUUUAUGGAGGCAGUAUGUCGGACUAUCCCAUGGAUCCAUUUUGGGGGCCUGCUGUCAAUCGACAGUUAUGUUAAACGAUUCCCACCCUUCACCGAAUUUUGUCAAAGGUACUGAAGUGCCUUGUGAUGAUAUAUCAAGGACUCCCACUAACGCGUACCGCUUGGGGCAUCAAUGGGCGAUAGUCGCCCGGCUAUUGGAAGAGAAAGCGUCUGCUCGACGCUUUCUGAAUAAAACCAACGUGAAACCCGGAGAUGUGCCCUGUUACACAUCGGAAUACAUCGUCAACGGUUUGCCGGAGCCCACUCUCAUGGAUGCGUCACUCACACGUCAACCUUCAGUUCAGUGCUCUCGCCCGUGCUCAUGUCACUCCUCAGUCUACGCCAUGGAGUACGACCAUUUGGGUUUGGCGUUAGCGGACGAAUUGCUGACUUCCUUCACUCGUUUCCGCGACAGCCUCCCAGACAUCCUCUUCAAAGACAAAAUUAGCUCUUUAGCCAUUGACACUCUGGGUGAAAUGAUACAUCUUCUUGCAUCAGAAGUCCGAGUGCCCACCAUAGAACACGUUUAA